AUGGCUGAGAAAGCUCUGCUGGAAAGUUUCCUGAGCUGCCAUGUGUGUUCAGAGACUUUCAGAGAUCCUGUGUCUCUGAGCUGCAACCACAGCUUCUGUUCAAGCUGCCUGCAGAAAUUCUGGGAACAAGCUGAAAACAAGAACUGUCCUAUCUGUAAAAGAAAAUCUUCCAAGGAUAAUCUUUUAGUAAACUUCACUCUGAAGGACCUGGCUGACUCUUUUACUGGAAGACAGAAAUCUGGAUCAUCUGAGGCAGAAAAAGGAGCAAAGCAGGUGAUGGUGGUCUGCAGCAAACACCAAGAAGACCCUAAACUGUUCUGUAAAGACGAGCAGAGAGCUGUGUGUCCUGUCUGUGAGUUUUCUCUCCACCAGAGUCACAAAGUGGUUCCUAUAGAACAAGCAGUCAGUGAGCUGAAGGAGCAGCUGAGAUCUGACUUAAAGUCUCUGCAGGACAAGAGGAACAAACACAAACAGGUGGAGAAAACAUACGAGGAUGUGAUUCAACACUCCAAGAAGCAGCUGUUGUCCACAGAGAGACAGAUCAGAGCAGAGUUCAACAAGCUCCACCAGUUCCUGAGAGAGGAAGAGGAGUCCAGACUGGCAGCUCUGAGGGAGGAAGAGGAGCAGAAGGGGAAGACUAUCAGCAGAGAGAUGAAGAGGAUCCAGGAGCAGAUCUCCUCUCUGUCAGACAGCAUCUCUGCUGUUGAAGAAGACCUGCAGAAAGACAACGUGUCGUUCCUCAGCAGUUAUAAAGCCACUCAGAGCAGAGCCAGAGGUCAGAGGUCACUGUCAGAUCCACAGCUGGUCUCAGGAGCUCUGAUAGAUGUGGCCAAACACCUGGGCAACCUGUCCUUCAGAGUCUGGGAGAAGAUGAAGGACAAGGUCCACUUCAGUCCUGUCAUUCUGGACCCAAACACUGCAAAUGGAUUUCUCUACCUGUCUGAUGAUCUGACCAGUGUGAGACGUGGAGACACAGAGCAGCAGCUUCCUGAUAAUCCAGAGAGAAACACCAUGUAUAGGAAUGUUUUUGGUUCUGAGGGCUUCAGCUCAGGGAAACACAGCUGGGAGGUGGAGGUGGGAGACCAUCCUGACUGGAUCACUGGUUAUGUUAAAGAGUCAGUUGAGAGGAAGGGAGAGACAUUUGCUUCACCAGAAUAUGGAAUCUGGUGUUUAUGGCAUGGUGAUGGAAAAUACACUAAUGGUGAUGGUCAAACUCUCACCAUGAAGAAGAAUCUCCAGAAGAUCAGAGUCCAGCUGGACUAUGACAGGGGGGAGGUGUCCUUCUACGACCCUGAAGACAUGUCUCACAUCUACACUCACAGAGACACUUUCACUGAGAAACUCUUCCCUUACUUAUUUGUUGGAGAAGCUGCUGAUGCCAAAACUUCUGAAGUCAAAAUCUGUCAAACUGAGAUUUCUGUUUAAACUUUUGUUUUUGAGUUCUGUGAAAUAUCUAAUAUUUCGAUCAGUGUUUCUAUUUUCUUUCAGACUUUAUUUUAAAAUAUUUUAUUGACAUAUUUAAUAAUUUUAAGGUUUUAAAUUUUUAAUCUGAAACCAACAACAGAAAUGGAUAACUAAAAAAUUAAAUGAAAAUCAAAACGUCUUUAUCAUUUUCAAAGUCUGUUAUUUUGUGGAGACCAUGUUUAAAAUAUUCCUCAAACUUUUUUUUUAUUUGGUGGGUUUUUGUAUUCUCUCUCACCAGCAUUGGACAUUUCCAUAAAUUCUAAGUUGUGUGAACAAGGAUGAUUUCUUUUAGUUUGGUUCUAACUCUCUAUUGUAAAAAUGUUUAACACAAGUUCAGAAAUGACACAAUGAUCUCGGCUUUCUUAACUGCAUUAUCUUGUUAGUCUUGUUUUUAACUAUUGUAAUGAUUCAGUUUAGCAGGAAACCUCUGAAAAUAAACAUUUACAUCCAA